GGAAGUGGCGUCCGAAGCUUGGCUUCCCGGGACGUACGGUCAGAGAAUUGGCAUUUGUGGUAAAGUUAAAUUUCUGCGAGCUGCUUUAAGAAUCUCGCGUGGUGGGAGUUCGGUGACUUGAGAUGUGGUUUGUGUGACAGGUCGACUCCGGAUCGCCCCCGUAGGCGGUGCAGCGAGGCGUUGGAAGAGCCAGUGAGCAAAGGAGCCCAUCUGGAUGCUGGCUUCCUAGAAUGAGUCCACUCCUAUAAAGAGGGGGAAACAAAGUAGAGCUCAAGCCCAGAAAUUCAUCCUUGCUGAAGGAUACCAUUGAUGAGACACCAUUACGAGGAUUUCAGGACAGAUCCUAAAAGUGGUGACUAUUUCCUAAAAACUGUUAAAAAUGACCAAGUCCCAGGGCUCACUGUCAUUCAGGGACGUGGCUGUGGAUUUCACCUGGGAAGAGUGGCAGCUACUAGACACUGUUCAGAAGAACCUCUUCCGGGAUGUGAUGUUGGAAAAUUAUAGCAACCUGCUGUCAUUGGGUUAUCAAGUUAGCAAGCCAGAAGCACUGGUGCCCUUGGAGGAAGGAAGAGAACAAGGAAUAGUGGAGAGGGAAUUCCCAAGCCAGUGCAGUCCGGAAGUAAUGUGGCAAGUUUGUGAUUGGCCUCAGGAAGAUAAUGAGAAGGAUGGACCUGUGGAGAGAGGUCAUGAAAACAGUGCAUGGGGGAAAAUAUUUUCUUUGAGCGAAAACAUUCUGCCAUUUAUAGAAAGACCCCCUAAAUGUGUCUCAAGAGGAAUAAGUUUGAAACAAAAUUCAGAUUCAAGUUUUCAGAGUAGAAACUAUGCAAAAAUGAACUCUGAUGAGUUAAAUGGUCAUGGGAAGUCAUUUUUCCAUAAUCUGCAUGAAACCGCCCACAUUCAAGCCCAGUGCUAUGAACAUAAUUUAUGUGUGAGGUCUUUCAGCACAGUAACAAAUCUUAAAAGACAUCACAGAAUUCACACAGAAGGGAAACCUUAUGAAUGCAGUGAAUGCCCCAGAUCCUUCAGGUAUAAGUCAAAGCUCGUAAUACACCGGAGAACUCAUACGGGAGAGAAGCCGCACAGGUGCAGUGAAUGUCAGAGAGGUUUCAGUACAAAAUGUCAUCUCACACUGCACCAGAGAACUCACACAGGAGAGAAACCGUAUGACUGUAUCGAGUGUCAGAAAUCCUUUAGAACAAAAUAUCAUCUCAUUCUACACCAUAGGACCCACACAGGAGAGAAACCCUACGAAUGCAAAGAGUGUGGAAGAGCUUACAGGGAAAAGGCGAAGCUCAGAUUACAUUACAGAACACAUACAGGGGAGAAACCGUUUGAGUGUACCGAUUGUGGGAAAGGUUUUAUGCAGAAGUCAAACCUGACUAUCCAUCAAAGAACCCAUACAGGAGAGAAACCCUAUGGAUGUGAAGAAUGUGGGAAGGCCUUCUCUAGUAAGUCUCAGCUUGUGGUUCACCAGCGAAUUCAUACGGGAGAAAAAUCCUGUGAAUGUAGGGAAUGUGGGAAAACGUUCAGUAAAAACUCGCACCUCAUAAUGCAUCAGAAGAUUCAUAUGGGAGAGAAACCUUAUGAAUGCAGUGAAUGUGGAAAAGCUUUUGUACACACAUCACAACUCAUUCUACAUCAGAGAACCCAUACAGGAAGAAAACCUUAUGAGUGCAACGAAUGUGGGAAAGCUUUUAAUAAAAAGUCACACUUCAUAACCCAUCAGAGAAUUCACACAGGAGAGAAGCCUUAUGAAUGCAGUCAAUGUGGGAAAGCCUUUAUAGACAAGUCACAGCUUAUUGCUCAUAGAAGAACUCAUACAGGAGAGAAGCCUUAUGAGUGCCAGGAAUGUGGGAAAGCCUUUAAUAAAAAGUCAUCCCUCAUAACGCAUCAGAGGAUUCAUACAGGAGAGAAACCUUAUGAAUGCAGUGAAUGUGGAAAAGCUUUUAUAGACAAAUCACAUCUCAUUGUCCAUCAGAGAACUCAUACAGGAGAGAGGCCCUACGAAUGCAGUGAGUGUGGAAAAGCCUUCAUACGAAAGGCAAUGCUCAUUGUCCAUCAGAGGACACAUACAGGAGAGAAACCCUUUGUAUGUCUCGAAUGCCAAAAAGCCUUUAGCAGUAUGGCAAUGCUCAGCAGACAUCACUUGAUUCAUACGGGAGAGAAACCCCACGGAUGCAAUGAAUGCGGGAAAGCUUUCCGCCAAAAAAGCCAUCUUACUAUCCAUCAGCGAUGCCAUACUGGAGAGAAACCCUAUGGAUGCAUUCCAUGUGGUCAAAUCUUCAACCAGAAGUCACAGCUCAUUAGACAUCAGAGACGUCACAUGGGAGAGAAGCUAUAUCAGUGUACUCAGUGUGGGAAGGCCUUUUUUGAGAAAUCAUACCUCAAUGUCCAUCACAGAAGUCAUGCAGGGCAGAAGCCUUAUGAGUGUCGUGAGUGUGGGAAAACCUCCUCUGUCCAGUUCUUUGUCACUUCACACGAGGAAAUCCAUACCUGAAAGAAAUCUCAGGAACACAGUGAGCGACAAAGACUUUCAUGAGAUGCUAGAUCUCACUGAAUACAAGAGAAUUCUCACAAGUCACCCUAUGAGGGCAGAGAAAGGGUACUUUUCCAUUAAUUUUGGUCUUUGUUAAGUUUCAGAAAACUUACCCAGAAAUCUUUUAAAUGCAGUGAAUAUAGGAAAAUUGUCUACUACCAAUGUAGCCUAAUAUUCCAUUAGAAAAAGGCAAUAUUGAGUUGAAAAGUUGAAAUCGUUUCUUGAGAAAAGAAAUCCCAUUAUACAUCACACCGAAAUGGAACCUUUUGAGUACAACAAAUGUUUCUUAUAGGCCAUCAUAAAGUAGUCAGUUUUCAUGAGGAAAAGUCUCACAAAUGUUGUGAACGCCUUCCAAACAAUUGAGUUUUCAUACCAAAGAACACAGACGACUGAAGACUUGUGAUAAAGGAUGCCUCUGGCAUGAAGUCCAAACUUACUGUGCAGCAGAUAUUUAUUAAGGACUACUAUAGUAUAAUGAUGGUGGGAAAGGUGGUUCACAUAGAAACAGUUUCAUAAUGAAAAUUCUGAUCCUGUCACAUUGCUCUGUAUUUAUAGAAAGUGUAACAUAAACAGCUGCUUAACACA